CUCCGUACACGUGACAUGUUUUUAUAUAGUCACGUGAUAUCGGAUGAUUUUCAUAUUGUCACGUGACAUUCAUACCACCGAGCUUGAAAUGAACAGAGAUAGCUGUAGAGACAAGUCCUUACAAGCUCAUUCAAUGGAGGAAAUCAUAGUCUCAAGCUCCAAUGGCAUCUACAACAUCAUUCUCAGCUCCCAUCCUCCCAAUCCACGUGCUUCCCCGACCUUCACAAGUAAUUUAUCAUGUAUGUAAAUCCUCGCGCCCCCAUUGGCCAAUAUCAACUUACCCGGCCGUAACAUUUUACCUCUUCUCCCUCGCUUAACCUCCCUCCUCCCUCCUCCUACGGAAUUUAAUGCGGCUCUCACCAAACCACUAGCUCCAAUCUCCUCCCUCCCAACCAGCCCAGCUGCCACUCAUCAAGCAUCCAAAACCUCACCGUCCCCGACCCUCACUCUCUUUCACAUCCACCCACCACACACGCCCGCCACAAUGCUCCGCACUCCCAUCACCCGCGCCCUCGGCGCCACCGCGCGCUCGUCCUUCAUCGCCCGCCCCGUCCAGUCCCGCGCCGCCCACGCCAUCUCCAACCCGACCCUCGCCAACAUCGAGCGUCGCUGGGAGCAGAUGCCGCCGCAGGAGCAGGCCGAUAUGUGGAUGGCCCUGCGCGACCGCAUGAAGACCAAUUGGGCCGAGCUGACUCUGCAGGAGAAGAAGGCCGCUUACUGGAUUGCCUUCGGUGCCCACGGUCCCCGUGCCGUCACGCCCCCAGGAGAGGGAUGGAAGGUCCUCGGAUACACACUCGCCGGUGUUGUCGUCUCCUUCGGCAUCUUUGCCGCUGUCCGCUCCUUCGCCAGAGGCCCACCAACCACCAUGACCAAGGAGUACCAGGAGGCAUCGAACGAGUACCUUCUCGCCCAGAACUCCGACCCCAUCAGCGGUCUCUCCUCGGAAGGCUACAAGGGCCGAGGAAUGGUCCAAUCCCCACCGGCCGCGAAGAAGUAAAGCAUCUCUCCGCCCGGCUACGACGAAUAAUAGACUCUUGUACUGUACAACCUCAAACCCGAUUCUCGGCACACGGCCGUUAUUCCGUUUGCCGCGCAUUUUACUUAUUCCCGCGGUUUAAUUUUUGUUGAUGGUGAGCGGCGGGAGGGGCCGGGAGGUCGGCUCGGAUUUGUACAAAGAUGAUUUUGAGAGCGGAAGUAGAAAUUUUGUGAGAAAAGUGGGGGAUGGGGGGAGCAGGUUUUUUUUGUGCAUAGAAAUGGAAGGUUGU